AUGGCUUGUAAUCCGACCGCUGCUCCGAUUGAUGGUCCUAUCAAACGACAGUCUUGGGCGAAUGGCCAGUUGGAGCCCAGCCAGUUCAAUCGAGUUAACAAUUUCCAUAGUUUGGUUCUCAUAUCUGUUUCACUGUAUGAAUGCUUACGGUUAUUUCGAGAUGUAAUGGCUAGCAAUCCGACAGCUGCUCCGAUUGAUGGUCCUAUCAAACGACAGUCUUGGGCGAAUGGCCAGUUGGAGCCCAGCCAGUUCAAUCGAGGUUAA